UUCCGUUUUAGCUGCGCAGAGGCAGCACAGAGGAAGCAAUCGCGUCACCGGGGUCCCGCAGAGGCCGCUCUUCACGUCCGAAAUGUUGGGGGCGACGCGACGCGACCUAUCGGAGUUGCGACGCAUCCUGCGUGCCUGGAACGGCUCCCUCCAGCCAGGACUGCUGGCGCAGUUCUCCAGCGACUCCCUGGGCAUGUGCACCGCGCUGUACAUUCUGCUGGCCGGCCAAGCACACAGCAUGCUUGUCGUGGCGCAGGCGCUGGUACGCUCGGCACUCGCCGGUGUCGUUCUGUUCGUGGCCACUUGGAGCUCGGAUGACAUCGCCAAGCAGGUGGAGAAACUCAAAUACAACAUCGACUCAUACGUGGAAAGCGGUCUCGUGUGCCCACGAUCAAGGAAAGAGGUAUCGCAGUAGGCAGUUCUUAGUAAGAAGCACCUUACCAAUAAAUGCAAUUGUUCGUUAUGUG